AUGGCGGGCAGUCUAACACGAGAGGUGAUAACUCUCCAAUUUGGUCAUUACUCCAACUUUGUCGGUACUCACUGGUGGAAUAUUCAAGAAUCUAGCUUCUGCUAUGACCCUAGUUCUUCAUUUCAACAAGAAAUUAACCACGAUGUGUUGUUUAGGGAAGGUUUAACUUUACACGGCGACCAAACUUACACUCCAAGGUUGUUGGUGUUCGAUUUGAAAGGAAGUCUAAAAAAUCUACCAAAAUAUGGAACUUUGUAUCAGACUCCAUCUGACGGCCACGAAACCUUGUGGGAAGGGGCAGUUUCUGUACAUGAAUCAGAACCAGAACCUAAAAAUGAAUUUCAAAUGGACUUGGAAGCGGUACUGGAGUCUGAGAACGAUCGCGAAACAGAAGUUUCUGUCGACAAUAGAACGCUUGAUCAGGAUCCUGUCGAUAAAAACCCAAGAGAAAAGUAUUAUGACCUGGAUAAAAAUGUCUCUGUGUGGUCAGACUUCUUAGGAACCUGCUUGCAUCCGAAAUCAAUUCAGCUUGUGCGGGAUUACCUGCAUGGUGGAAGCACUAGUCCAUUUGAUGUGUUUGGAUACGGACAGUCUGUAGCCAAAGAUGAACACUUUUAUGAUGAGUUUGAAAGCAAUCUUCAUUUCUUUGUCGAGGAAUGUGACAGUCUACAGGGAUUCCAGAUAUUCUCUGAUGUAUAUAAUGGUUUCGGUGGCAUAAGCAGCCAGCUACUUGAAGACCUAAGAGAUGAGUAUGGGAAUAAAUCAUUUCUUACAUUUGGAGUUACACCAACUGAAUUUCCCAAGGAAACACAUAAAGGUGCUGUUCAUAGAAUCCUGAAUUCAGCUCUGAGUUUUGGUCAGUUGGCAUUAAACAGUGAUCUGUUUGUACCUAUGUCACUUGCUCAAGAGGUGUGGCCACACCUGGGACAAGCCAGGGAUUUUCCUCUUUUAGAUUACAAGCCUGCUUUGUCAUACCACACCAGUGCUGUUUUGGGAGCAUGUGUGGACACAAUCACUAUGCCUUACCGGCUCCUCACACCUCAGGCAGUCAACAUGAACAGCUUUGUAAAUAGUGUGGCAUUUGGAGAGAGAAAGAUUGCCAGCCUCUCGUUGACUUUCCCUUUGCCCAUAAAAGAUGCUAUUCCUUUGUCGUCCCUUCUAGGCUCUACACUGAGUAGAAAUGGAACAGAAUUUUUGCAGUCAGUAACUCCUGGUAUUUCACAUUCUUCCUCUCUUAUAUCUCAGUCUGCAGUCAUAAGAGGCAUCCCGGCUUCUCUCACCCAUACACCUCAACAAAACAUCCAGUCCCAGAAUUCUGUGUUGCAUGAGAACCCAUUUGAAGUUUGCACAACUGCUAGUGAAAUGGUUCAAACAUUUCUGCAAAAUUUACACCCUCAGACUCAACCUGUGUGUUGGAAUGUCAAUCAAACUUUUAUGGUCAAGCCUCCUUUUCCAAAUAUUUUCGGCUCAAGAGUAACCAAUGAUGGACUCGUUGUUGAUGGAUAUACAAGAUCAGAGAGUGUACGAGUGAGUCAGACAAGUGUUCUUAGUCGUCUCGAGACAAAUUCUGGCAUCGCUAGUAUGCUUCUGUCAUUGAUUCAGUGGGCGAAAAGAGUAAAUAUCAGCAAGCAUUAUUUGUUUUUGGAAUCAGGUACUGAAGAAGAAACAUUUAAAGAAAUGCUUGAAGAUUUGACUAGUUUGUCUCAGCGUUACGUGAACCCGUGAUACAGUAAAAUAGAGAGUUCUUUAAAGAACAGAUUCACUUCGUUGUAAUAGCCUACGAAAAUUUCGUCUGAAAAUCCCAGGCAAUCUCUCAUCCCCUGGGUAAAAUACCAAAUAAAAGGAAGCGUUUCAGUUA